CAGCCGAACCGAUGACAGCGCUGUCCUAUCCCGGAGAAGCCAUACGGCUACCCGCCUGCAGAACCUGCGAGUUGGGGAAUCUUGUGGAUAUCUCUGUUUAGAGACAUUGUGAACAACGGACCGACGCUGUGUGUUUGUCAUUUGCCUCUCUGCUUGUCUGAGCUGGUAAAAAUGGUGAAGCCAGACAUCCACACUCUGGCCCAUCACCUGAAGCAGGAGCGGCUGUAUGUAGCGUCAGAGAAGCAGCUGAUCCAGAGGCUCAACAGUGAUGUGCUGAAGACAGCCGAGAGGUUAUACCGAGCUGCAUGGAUUGCCAAGCAGCAGAGAAUCAACCUCGACCGCCUUAUUUUGACCAGUGCGGACGCCUCUCCUGCUGAGUGCUGCCAACAUGCCAAAAUGCUGGAAGAUACACAAUUUGUUGAUGGCUAUAAGGUUCUGGGCUUCCAGGAAACAAUUUAUGGCGAGUUCUUGGCAAGAUUAAGAGAGAACCCCAGACUGGUGGCCUCCUGUUUGGUGGCAGGAGAGAGACUGAACCAGGAACACACCCAGGGGGUCCAUACCAUCUUCAUAUCUCUUUAUGGCAACUGUAUCAUGCAGGAGGAUGAAAGCUACCUGCUACAGGUGUUGCGUUACCUGAUAGAGUUUGAGCUGAAGGAGAGUGACGACCCUCGCCGUCUACUGCGCCGAGGAACCUGUGCCUUUAGCAUCCUUUUCAAACUCUUUUCGGAGGGCCUGUACUCUGCUAAGCUCUUCCUCACUGCCACCCUCCACGAACCUAUUAUGCAGCUCUUGGUAGAGGAUGAAGACCACCUUGAGACCGACCCAUCUAAGGUGACUGAGCGACUCACACCAGCCCAGCAGGAACGCUUUGGGGAAAAGGGCUCAGAGGGCUACAAACGAAGGGUGCAGGCAGCUGUGGAGGCCAACGAAGCAAAGUUGGUGGCUCUGGUCAACAAGUUUAUUGGUUACUUGAAGCAGAACACCUACUGCUUUCCCCACAGCCUACGCUGGAUUGUUUCCCAGAUGUAUAAGACAUUAUCUUGCGUGGAGCGCCUUGAGGUGGGGGAUGUUCGCACCAUGUGUACAGACCUACUGCUGACUUGCUUCAUCUGCCCAGCUAUUGUCAACCCCGAACAGUAUGGUAUCAUCUCAGACGCUCCUAUCAAUGAAGUGGCCCGCUUCAAUCUAAUGCAGGUGGGUCAGCUUUUGCAACAGUUGGCCAUGGCCGACGAUGAUGGAGACCCAAGGCGUAAAAGCAGUCUGUCGAAAUUUGAUAAGAGUUGUGUAGCUGCUUUUCUGGAUGUGGUAAUUGGAGGAAGAGCUGUUGAGACUCCACCCAUGUCUUCAAUGAACCUUCUAGAAGGCCUCAGCAGGACAGCGGUCUAUAUUUCACAUAGUCAACUGUUAGCACUGGUGGACUUUGUUCGGAGUGUGAUGGCUGUUGACCACCUACGGGAGGAGGAGCACAUGGCUCUGGAGACCCUGCUGACCAACGUGCCUCAGUCACGAACUGUGAAAAGCAACAGCCUGGAGCUGACUCCUUCCAACACCCCUCAGCUGUCCCCUGCUAGCACUCCUGCCAACAAGAAGAACAGACUCCCCAUAGGACAACACUUAGCUGCUAUAACAUCCUGGGACCCCACAGCCAGCACGCUGUCUGCUCAUAUUCCAUUAGUAACCCCGUUUGCAGCUGCUCGAAGCCGCAGCCGUACCAACAUGGCCCAGGAGGGGGAGACAGAGGCCAGCUCCCAGGAGUCCCUGCAUGAGCUGCUGCCAGAUGAGGUGUUGGUGAUUUCAUUUGCAAGUGGUCCUCAGACUGUCCCUGGGAUGAUGUCAGAGAAUGAGGUUUUGAACCUGCAGAUGGCUGAUGGGGCUCAGGGGGAUGGUCAUGCUGAUGAUACGAAGCUUCAUGGUAAACCAGACAAAACCCUGCGCUUCUCCCUCUGCAGUGACAAUUUGGAAGGCAUCUCAGAAGGUCCAUCCAACCGUUCGAACUCUGUGUCCUCACUGGAUCUGGAGGGAGAGUCUGUUUCUGAGCUGGGACCUGGACCAUCGGGGAGUAAUGGAGUUGAGGCCCUCCAGCUUUUGGAGCAUGAACAGGCAACAACUCAGGACAACCUGGAUGAUAAAUUACGGAAGUUUGAAAUCCGAGACAUGAUGGGUCUGACAGAUGAUCGGGACAUCUCUGAGACAGUCAGUGAAACCUGGAGCACUGAUGUGCUUGGCAGCGACUUUGAUCCCAACAUGGAUGAAGAUCGGCUGCAAGAAAUUGCAGGAGCGGCUGCAGAGAACAUGCUUGGCAGCCUUCUGUGUCUUCCUGGCUCUGGUUCAGUGCUCCUGGACCCGUAUGGCUCGACCAUUUCUGAGACCACGAGUGAGGCCUGGAGUGUGGAGGUCCUGCCAAGCGACUCAGAGGCCCCGGACCUAAAGCAGGAGGAGCGUCUGCAGGAACUGGAGAGCUGCUCAGGUGUUGGCAGCACCUCAGAUGACACCGAGGUCAGAGAGGUCAGCUCAAGGCCCAGCACACCAGGUCUCAGUGUUGUCUCAGGUAUCAGUGCAACUUCAGAAGACAUACCAAACAAAAUCGAGGACCUGCGGUCAGAGUGCAGCUCAGACUUUGGAGGGAAGGACUCUGUGGCCAGUCCAGAUGGGGAGGAGACAGGCCACGGGGCACACAAUCUGACCUCUCCGCCUUCACAGUCUGAUUCCUUACUGGCCAUGUUUGAUCCCCUCUCAUCUGCUGAAGGUUCUUCUACUGGAACAAUAGUGAGACCCAAAGUGCAUUAUGCCAGACCUCCUCACCCUCCCCCUGACCCCCCCAUUCCAGAAGCCUCUGCUCUGGGACCAGAAACACGCCACUCUCUUUUUGCGCCGCACUGCUUGGUCCAGGCUGAGCUCGAACAGUCCAAGCAGCGCCACUCUUUCCCCGACAGGCUGGUCCGUAGUCGCAGUUCUGACAUUGUGUGUCCCGGCCGCCGACCCACAAGUGACCCUGGCCUGAAUCGACGGGUAGCGGUCGAAGAGCGUGACCCAUCUGGGUCCUUCGUCUUAGGACCAUCCUCAUCUCCCAGCAAGGACUCCCUCAAAGGAGAGGCUGAGGACAGGAAAGACAGCGAUGAUGAGAAGUCAGAUCGGAACAGACCGUGGUGGAAAAAACGUUUUGUGUCUGCCAUUCCCAAAGUGCUGUAUUGGACGGUUGAGAGUGAUGUUCCAGCUCCAAUAGCAGCAUUUCGGAAAAGGGACAGGCACGAGAAAGAUGAUGUUGCUCAGGAGCGUCUCCCUCAAGAUGACCCUUUGCCCAGACAGAAUUGUCAAGCCCAAGCAGCUGAAGAUAUCCUGGACAAGUACAGGAACAUCAAGAGGACAAGUCCCAGUGAUCAAACCUCAGUUGGAGCUGCCUAUGAUUCUGCGGGAGAUCUGUGUGUUGAAGACAGUGUGCAUGGCUCUCCGAGAGAGGAUGCUUUACAGAACAUUUCCACAGAUGACCUGCCAGACUCUGCAAGCCAGACAGCCCAGCAGCAUGACUCCAAGUUUUCCUUCAGUGAUGCCAAGAAGAAGUUGCGGCUGGCUUUGUGUUCUGCAGACUCUGUGGCUCUGCCUAUCAUGGCUCCUGCUGCCACGCGAAAUGGGCUGCCAGACCACAUGGAUCCUGAAGACAAUGAGAUCGUCUGCUUCCUGAAAGUCCAGCUAGCGGAGGCUAUCAACCUUCAGGAUAAGAACCAGAUGGCCCAGAUCCAGGAGACUACGCGCUGUGUGAGCCGCUUUGACGCGCGCACCAGCAGGAAGCUGCUAGCUGCCAUUGCAGAGGAUUACAGAAAGCGGGCACCGUACAUAGCCUAUCUAACCAGGUGUCGUCAGGGUUUGCAGACAUCACAGGCCCAUCUGGAGCGACUCCUCCAGAGGGUGCUGAGGGACAAGGAGGUGGCUAACCGCUACUUCACCACCGUCUGCGUUCGCCUCCUACUGGAACACAUGGAGGCCAGGAUGCUUGAUUUUAUUAAGGCAUUCCAGGGGUGCACUGCAGCUGAUGACAAGACAGCUGCAGUGGAGGAUUUUCUGCGCUACUUGUACGGUGCCAUGGCCCAUGAUGCCAUAUGGCAGUGUGCUAGCCAAGACCAGCUGCAAGAUGCCCAGAUGGCUAUCGAGCGCAGCGUGAUGAACCGCAUCUUCAAACUAGCCUUCUACCCCAACCAGGAUGGUGAUAUUCUCAGAGACCAGCUUUUCCAUGAACACAUCCAGCGCCUUUCAAAAGUUGUGACGGCCAAUCACAAAGCUUUUCAGAUUCCAGAGGUUUACCUGAAGGAGGCGCCCUGGCCCUCUGCACAGUUUGAGAUCAGGACCAUCAACGCCUACAAGACGCCACGAGACAAAGUCCAGUGCAUACUGCGCAUGUGUUCUACCAUCAUGAACCUGCUGAGUCUGGCCAAUGAAAUCUCUGUCCCUGGAGCUGAUGACUUUGUCCCUGUGCUUGUCUUUGUCCUCAUCAGGGCAAACCCGCCCUGCAUGCUGUCCACCAUUCAGUACAUCAAUAAUUUCUAUGCCAGCCGGCUGAUUGGGGAGGAGUCCUAUUGGUGGAUGCAGUUCACCGCAGCGGUGGAAUUCAUUAAGACCAUCGACGAUCGCAAGUGAAGCAGAACAGCCACCUGUAUGGGCAGACUGUGGGGGAAGGAGCCGGGAGACUGGGAAACUUCCCAACCAACUGCUCCCUCUGCACAGCUUAGAAAAAACUGGCCCCGAGCCUGCUCUCUGUUUGUAUAGCUUGUACAUAGGCAGAGAUGUUGAAAGAGUAUAAAGUAUAUAUUGCUGUAUGUAUGUGGACAAAUCCAGGUUUUAGCCGCAGUAGAAAAAUCUGCCUUUGGGGAAACUUGGCAAUAUGUUAAUUUUGAACUCGAGCUGAUUUGAGAUUUUCUUUUUACCUUUCUGCCACAUUUAAUUUUGGGGCUCUGUGUUUCGAAAUUUUGUAUCAUACAAUAUUAAAUCAACAUAGAGUAUAUUUCUGUUAAAAGGGACCAGGCUUCCUUGAUAUGUGAUCAGAAUGAUUUUUCUUUUCUUUCUUCUUUUUUUUAAUUAGUUGUCCCAAGUGAGAAGGAAGGGCUUCCAGUUUGAAUUCCAAUUAAAUGCAUUUCGUUGUGGGGGUUUAGAGGGAGGCAUAAUUUUUUGAUUGGGUACUAGAUUUUUAUCGAAAACUUUCUGGUUCUCGCACCACUUUGCUUUGGCGUUUGUGAUAUGGCGACAUCGAGCAAAACAGUUCGCAAUUCUGCAGUGUCGUGGCACCACUCAUCAUUAUGAAAUACUGCAAAUUCAAGAUUAAAUUAAAGACGAGCCUGUUGAACACGUAUUAAUAGUGUACACUAUUUGCUCAAGUUCAGUGAGCUAGCUUUUAGCCAGCUACAUGCUAAGUAGCCAAGCUAGAUGGAAUGGUCAGACAUUGCAUUCAGUGGGCUAGGCUAGCUGCAGAAUAAGUGAAUCACUUGAUGGGAUAAUGUUUAUUUAUUUACUUACUUUUAUCAGUCUCAUUUUAAAACUGACUGGAAACUCCAUUUUUUUGGGUGAUAGUUUAUAUUUCUGUAUGACACAAUUUUAUAAGAUUGUAAUAUUGCGACAUGGCUAGCUAUGAUAGCUGCCAUAUGGGUUAUUUAUGUCACUUCAAAAGUCAGCAAGUUUAAAUUUGCUUUUUUAAACUAGGCAUUAAUACAAAUUUUUGUGCCAAAGUUCACAAAACUUAAACUUUAUGCAGAAUAUUUACAUAGAUUAAUCCUCUGGUAGAUGUCAUUGAAUCCACAGACCGCAGCAGAUUGCACUGUAAUGAAAAUUCUUAGAAAUUUUGUGUCCAGAACGCUUGUUUACCCAUCCUUCAAGUCUGAACAGUACUGUUCCACGUCACAUCAUGUUUCUAAUUGCUUCUUUUCCCCCUCCCUCCUUCUUGUACUAACUCUGCUUAUUUUAUUUUUUUUUGGCUUUGGAAUCCAGUUGUUCUUGAUCAAAGCAGUUCUGAAUUAGGUUUUGGAACCAGAAUGUAACAAUUUCACGUGAUGACGGACAUCGAGAGCAGUUUGUAAUCUUACUUCUGUAAAGGGUCAUGUUUCAAACGCUGGGCAGCUUUUCAUUCAUGAACUGUUUAUGCCAUCAUCGUUCCACUUGUCAGUAAAUUGGACUUAAGGGCCUGUUUUUAUAUGAAAUUUAAUAUUUAUUUCUAUAAUUCUGUUUAAGGCCUUGUCUAAUCUUAAAUAAAUAAAUAAAUAAUGGACCAUGCCCAUGUCAGAUUCAUGUGGUUAGUGAUGUUACGGUAAACUAGCUGGAAAGGCUUACGUUUGGAAGGCGCCAUAGCUCUGACUGGCCUGUAGGUGGGGCUGUUGUGUGUUUGCUGCAGUUGGGAUGCAGGUUGUACUCCUGCACAAGUGGAUCAACGGUGGCAUUUGUGGAACUAUUUAAAAUGGUGCCUUUGAGGUGGGUUGCUCUGUACAGGUAGCUAUUUCUGCAAGUUUCAUUUUUGUCCUCCUUCCCUUAUUGUUCCCACACUCCCAACGGGCCAACCACAUGUCCCUGAGAAACCUUUGUCCGGGCAUCGCCGCGUUGCUGAUGGUCACGGCUCAGUCCCUUUAAUGUGUUUGUGUUCUGAGCUUGAGCAUUGACCCCUAUGGUAUUCUCGAUCCUACCUCAGAGUCAAAAACCAAUGAGCCUGAUGUCAGUCUGUGUACAGUAACUCUCACAUUGGAUGACAACAGAGUAGCGGAUGUUUUUCUUUUUUUUUUCUUUUUUUUUUUGCACUGGUCAGAGGUUUGCUGUAGAUUCGGCACUUUGUCAUAUCAUCCAGCGAGGGAGGGACGCGCUCAGAACGGGCGCAUAUUAAACUGCUGUGAUAUGCUCAUGUCACCUUUGAAUAACAAGCCUCUGUUGCUGAACAAAGACAUUUUAGGUUUUCUGAUCUUAAAACUGCUAAAUGCUACUAUUGGAUAAGUUCUCUACCUCCUCUGAUGUUUGAGAAAGGGACUCACGUUCACAUGCACUUACGUAUUUUCUUGUCUCUGAUUUGGUGUGCUGUGAUAUCCCAGUGUCAUUGUAUCUCUCCCAUAGUACAAGCAUGUCUAAUUAUUUAGACUAAAACUCCUUUUUUUUCUUAAAAUCCUGUGCUUCAUCUUUGUGAACAAAUGUGCCACAAGUAUGAUAUUUUUGAUAAUCCAUUAUGUUUUAUGGUAAAGGACUCGAGAGCACAAUACACUGUAGUCUAGAGGAGCGAAUAAUCAACACUAUUGACUCGUUACUGACUCGCAGUUUACGCUGAAGUGUAGCGUGUGGUUUUAGUCUGAAAGAUUGUGCGAUCGGUCGACCCUCUGCCGCCUCUUGCAUGAAGUCAUCGAAAGGUCUGCACAUUCUCAAUCAUGAUCAACGGGAGAAUUGGAUUAGUAUCUGCCAUAGGCCAGUAAUUAAUACUGCAAGAGGAUGCAGAACUGUUUUUAUGCCUGUGAUACUUGCAUAUCAGAGCUCAGUGAUUUAUUUUGCACAAUAAUUGACUUUUUUUUUCUCCUACAGAUCUGACAGGGAGCAGUGCAUUCUGUUCAAUUUGUAGUGAUUUAGCAAACCUAUUGUACUGGAGAGGUUUAGCAUUCUGAUGAACAGCCACGGUUAAUAUCUUGUUCUUUUACAGUACCACGUGCAUCGGUGUGAUGAGGUAUCACGUUUGUCUCCCAGAGUCUGUGCAUUCAGUUUGAUGAGAAAACCAUGCACUGGAAAAUCAAGUUGCAGGUUGCAUCUAUACUAAUUAGGUUUAUGUGACGUCACUUUAAUUAGAAAUACAUAUUGCACGAAUCUGCUGAAAGUGUUUGGACCUGGCGUAUGUUUCAUUGUCUCCUCAGAUGUCUGGUUGCAGCUCUGAAAAUUCCUAAACAAGAACUGUUUGAAGAAUUUAUUAAACACUUUGGGUUGAAGGCCCGCUGCAUUUAACUGUGACAGAAGCUGUAACUUUAGCGCCGAUUGUAUGCUAAUCUUUACACGGACGUCGAUACAGCAGUGUUUUGUCCCAUAAUGCUUUAUGCUCCCUGUACGAAGUCGAAAGGCCGAGCAGAGAAAAAUGUUACACAUCUUCUGACAUCUUAUUUUACGUUCAAUUACAAGCUUGCACAAUUAGGACGUGCGGGGAAAGCCGGUUUGUCUUUACUGUGAUUAAUGCGUUAUGUAAUUCUUUAAGAAACAAAAUAAAACAAUUUCUUCUUUA